ACCUAAAACCAGGAAGAGGAAGAGCUUUAACUCCAUGAUCAGUAGCACAUACCUGCACAUAGUACUUUAAAGACCAGUUAGUUUUUCACAUACUGUACAUUAGAUUAUUAAUGAAUACGUUUACGAUAUACAUAUAUUAACUGAUCUUUAUUUGCGUUUAGCCGUUACGGGUUGAUAACACGUAUAUUUGUAGGAAGGCAUGAACACAUCUAAAGAUAUAUGUAUAUGAAGAGUAAUUGAUUAUAUGUACAUUAGAGCUUAUUUCGUAUGUAAAUACCUUUCGACGCUUGUGUGUGCUCACUGGAGUUUCGUCACUGUCCGUUGAGUUUGCACCUGCCCUUUACCCCAUUCUUACUACUCGAAGAUGUUCAAGAAAUUAAAGCAGAAAAUCAGCGAGGAGCAAUCUCCUGUAAGGAGUUCUCUCAGCCCCCAGCAGCAGGGUGUCCCUAGGGGUACACCAACAGGCAAUCGGAGCCGAUCAUCUUCCACGGCAGAGCAGCAGGAUGACAGCACAGCAACUCCUGACAAAGAGAAUGAAUCCAGGUCUGCAGAUAACAUGAAUGGUAAUGAUCCUGCCUCUACUCAGAAGAGUGAGGCACAGUCAUUUGCACAAAAACUUCAGUUAAGAGUCCCUUCAAUGGAAUCGUUAUUUCGUAGCCCUGUCAAGGAAUCGUUGUUUCGAUCUCCUUCAAAGGAGUCCCUGGUCAGAAGUGGUUCGCGUGAGUCACUGAAUCGAAUCGAUGCAGAAAGCCCAGGUCCUAUAUUCGACCCUCCCUCUGAUAUCGAAAGUGAGGCUGAAGAUACUGUAGUAAACAUGGAAGGCCUUAAUAAAGACCAACUUUUUCAUCGGCUCCGUAGGAUGGAAAAGAGUUUGGCCAACUACAGAGGGAAAUAUUCAGAGCUUGUUACAACAUAUAGGACAAUUCAGAGGGAUAAAGACAAAUUGCAGUCCAUUUUGAGCCAGAGCCAGGAUAAAGCACUAAGAAGAAUUGGAGAACUGCGAGAGGAGCUUCAAAUGGAUCAGCAAGCCAAGAAGCAUCUUCAAGAAGAGUUUGAUGCAGCUUUGGAAGAGAAAGAUCAACUUAUUAGUGUAUUACAGACUCAGGUGACUUUACUGAAGCAAAGGCUUGGGAAAGGGCAUGACGACAUCUCCAAACCAAAAGAGCUCAACACCCAAACUGCUGUGCAGGAAGGUGAUGUGGAGAACACUUCUACUCUUGGUGCAGAUGGGUCAGGGGAUAAGUCAAAAACGUCAGAAGAUCUUCAAGUCAGAGUUAAACGCCAGGAGAACCUUCUGAUGCGAUGUAAAGAAACAAUACGGUUACACAAAGAGCGUUCUGCUCAGCUUAGCAGUGAAAAUGAAGCACUCCAGAACCAAUUAGAUGAGAGACUUCAGGAACUUGAAAAAAUCAAGGAACUCCACACUAGUGAGAAGACCAAGCUGAUUACCCAACUAAGAGAUGCCAAGAAUCUGGUUGAGCAGCUGGAGCAAGAUAAGGGCAUGGUCAUUGCAGAAACAAAACGGCAAAUGCAUGAGACCCUGGAGAUGAAGGAAGACGAAGUUUCGCAGCUUCGCGCCAGAGUCAAACAGUUAACCAGACAAUGUGAAGAGCUGCAAGAGCAGAAAGAGAAGUCUGAGAAAGCUGCAUUUGAGGAACUUGAAAAAGCUCUUGGGGCUACCCAAAAGACGGAGGAGGCACGUAAAAAGGGAAAGAUUCAGAUGGAAGAACAAAUUAAAGCCAUAGAGCAAGCUGGUGAAGAGGAGCGAAUGAACCUGCAGAAGGAACUAAGUCGUGUGAAACAAGAGGUGGUGGAUAUCAUGAAGAAAUCCUGUGAUGUGCGUAUCAAUGAGCUUGAGAAAUCGCAUGCUGAGGCUAUGCUAGGCAAAGAGAAGGAACAUGAAGCAAGAAUUAGAAUCUUGGAAGACGAAUUAAAGGAGCGUUUGAAGACAACGCUAGCAAAUCAACAAGAGAACCAUAUAAAAGCCAUGCAAGAAAAAGAUCAACAGGGCUUACUGGCUUUGGAAGAGCUGGAGCUGCAGAAAAAAGCCAUUCAGUCACAGACUGAAAACCAGCUUCAGGAAAUGCAGCAGGAAGUUGAAGAUUGCAGAACGAGGAUUCUGGAGCUUGAAAGCUUACUUGAAAAAUCUUCUCAAGAUAUUGAUAGCAAAUCUGAGAAAUUAGCUACUCGUAUUGAAUCGGAAACAAACAAACACAAUGCAGAAAUCAGUGCAAUAAUUGAAAAUCAUAAACAAGAGAUUGAGAAACUUGAACGAGAAAAAGAAAAGAUUUGGACUGAAAAGUUUGACCUUCUGAAAGAAGAGCACAAAGUAAAUAUUAGUGAACUUCAAGAGAAGCAUAAGCAAGAAUGGGAGGCACAGCUAAAAGAGAAGGAACAAUUAUUCCAGGCUCAUAUUCAAGAAAUGAACGAAAAAACCUUGGAAAAGCUGGAUGUGAAACAAACUGAACUAGAAGCUCUAUCAGCUGAACUCUCAGAAGCUGUAAGAUCCCGACAAGAGAUAGAGCAGAAGCUGAUUGUAACCGAGCAUGAAGUAGACAAACUAAAACUGCAGUAUGAGAAACAACUUGGUGAUGAGAGGAAACAGUAUGAUGAACAACUUAUUGUAAUAGAAAAAGAAAAGGAAAUACUUACUCAGGGAGUUGAAAAGGGCCUCAAGGAAGAAAUCAACCAUCUGAAAAUAUUGCUAGAUGGCAAGGAGAAGGAGAUUGAAUUACUACGCACAGAAAGCCAAAAACUGUUGGAAGCUACUAAGAAAGCUGAAGCUGACUUUCAAGAAGUCACUGCACGUCUGGAUGAAACCCUCCAAACACACAAUAAAAAGUCACAGGAAGAAGCAGAGGCAUAUGCUGUGCAGCUUACCAUAUUGCAGGAGGAGUUAAAGUGUACUAAAGUAGAUAAAGAUAAUCUGAAAGAAUUGGUAGAUACUACUACUUCAGAACUGGGGUCCUACAAGGGCCAGCUGGAAAGUUUGUCCUUACAGAUGGAAGAACAAAACAAAAAUAUGACCGAUCAACACAACACUUUGCAACUGCAGACUGAUGCUCAAAUAAAAGAGUUUAAAAUAAAAAUAGAAGAGCUGAGCAAAAUUGCCCUAGAUAGAGAAAAUGAGACUAUAAAAAUGAAAGAAAGUUAUGAGCAGCAUGUUUUAGAACUUAACCAAAACUUGUCUUCCACAGAAAAAAAACUACUAUCUCUGCAAGAAGAGUAUCAAACCAAAAUCAAGCAUCAAGAAGCUAAAUUUGAAAAGAUGAAGCAGAGAAUAAAAGAGUUGCAAGAGUCAUCCAAGAAAAAAUAUAUUGAGAUGGAAAACAAACUAAAGAAGGAACUAGAGAAAAAGCAGCUUGAGAUGAAUAAUAAAGAAAAGCAGUUCAAUGAAAAAAUGCUUGAGAUGGCACAUGCUAGUUCAGUAGGAAUUAAUGAUACCAUGUCUCAGCUGGAGGUGAACCAUAAAGAGCAGAUGCAAAGUGUCAAAGAAACUCACCAGAGAGAACUAGAAGAGAUUGCCCAGGCCUGGGAAAAUAAACUCCAUCAGCAUGUUGAAGAACUAAAGGAGAAGCAUGAAUUGGAACUUCAGGAAAAAGACCAGGCUGUAGUAGAGGUAAAGCAGCAGCUGACCAGCAUCAUCGGAGAAAAGGAGGAGGCAGAAAAACAGAUACUAGAACUGAAAGAAGCAAAGAGUAAAUUAGAUGCUUCUUUAUGUGAAAUACAAGACCAGUUAAGUCAAGCAUCAGCACAGGUUCUUGCUUUGAUGCAAAAUGAAAGUGACCUUAAAGCACAGCUUGAAAUAACAGCAAACGAAUGUGUUAAUCUCAAAAAUGACAAAACUAUGUUUGAGGAGAAACUUGGUGGGUUAAAAGUAUCUCUAGAGAAAGAAAAAGACAAAGCCGUGGAGCUAGCUAAUAAGUUACACCUUGCAGAAGACCACUGCCAACAGGUAGAUUGUCUUCUCGAUAAAGAACGGAAAGACUUUCAAAGAGAACUACAAGUUAAGCUUUCUGAAAAAGACUUGCAAUAUAAUCAGCUGUUGGCUGAGCAAGAAAAGAAGUUGGAUUCUUGUUGCAAAGAGGCUGUAGGUUUGAUAGAAUUAAUAACUGGUGGUUUGACUGAAAAAUACAAUAAUCAAAUGGAUAGAUCAAUGUCAAGGAUUGCACAUUGUGAAAGCAAAGUAAUUAAAUUGAUAGGAGCCAUUACUAAACACAUGAGAAAAAUAAAUAAUCUACAGAUAGAACUUGAGCAAAUAGUUAAGCAGAAUGAUUCUACACAAAAAUCAUUACACCAAGCAACGGUUCAAUUGCAAGAAAAAGAAAAUGUGAUUUUAUCGAUAAAAGAAGAACUUCAGACUCUCCUUCUUGAGAAAGAUGCCUUGCAAAAGGAAGGAGGAAGCCAUCGAAAGGCAGCAGAUGAGAAGGAGUCUUGCAUUACUCAACUAAAAAAAGAACUUUCUGAAAAUAUCAAUAAAGUUACUUCUUUGACAGAAUCACUGAGGGAGAAAGAGUCAGAGGUAGUGUCUUUGCAUACAUUAAUAAAUGAGUUCAAGUUAAAGCUUGAAAAUAGCAUUGAUUUGGAAGAGAAAGAAAAGGCCAUAGCCUUUGUCAACACACAGCACAAAGACAGCCAGAUAAAAUUAGAAAAUCAAAUUCAGGACCUCAUGUCCAAAAUUGAGGCUUUAAAUCAAGAAAAGAUGGCUUCUUUAGAAGAGGCAGGUAAAUGGAAAAAUAUGCUAGAAGAGUGGAAGAAAAAAGCAGAACUCAAGUUUACACUGAAUCACAACACAACCAAAGAGUUGAAGGAACAGAUUGAAAAGACCAUUAAAGAAAAUAAAGCCAAAGAAGAAGACCUUCAAAAAAUGGCAGAAGAACUUGCACAUCAUCGCAGGAACGCAGAACAAAACCAGUUUAUAAGUGAAAGUAAAAAGUCUGAAUUAACCAGCCAGUUAGAAAGUCAGAAAACAAGGAAUCUUGAACUGGAUGAUCAGGUGGCAAAAUUAAUGUCUGAAAAUAAAUGUUUGCUAGAAAGGUUGGAGACACAAACUCUGCAGAACAAUAACGAGAAAGAAGAACUUCUUCAGAAGCUAGAUCAUACCCAGCGUGCGGUCACAGAAAAAAACAAUUCCUCCAUAGAAGCACAACAAAAAGUGCUGGAACUUGAAAAAGAAAUAAGUUCCUUGAAAGAAGACUUUGCAGAGAGAGAAAUGGCAUGGGGGAAGGUAAAAAUUGAGCUUUCUCAGACUAAAGAUAAAGAGCUAAAAACACUUGAAGAGAGGUUAACUUCAGAAAGCUCUAAUAAACUGGCAGAGUUAAAGAAAAAAGCUGAACAGAAAAUUGCUUCUGUUAAGAAGCAGCUUAUGUCUCAGUUAGAAGAGAAGGAUCAGUCCAUAAGAAAUGCAGAAAGCCAACUUAAUGACUUGAAGGAAAAGAUGCAGAAGAAAGAGCAGGUUGUGGAAGAGGCAUUGCAUCAAGAAAAGGAAGAACUUGAAAAUAAGUAUGCUGUGCUGCAGAGUCAACACAGAGAUAAGGAAAGUGAGUUAUCUAAAAUCAGCGGUGAACUAGCCUUAAAGCAGCAUAAAAUUACAGAGCUAGAGGAAAGAAUUGACAGUUUGCAGAAAACUCUUUAUGAAAGUGAACAGCUUGUAAGAGAAAAGGAACUGACUUUAGCCAGCGAGCAGGAGGCACGGAGGAAUGAAAUUGAAGAACUGUCUUCCAAAUAUGAGAAUAAGUUACUUGGGCUUCAAGGAGAGCUAGCUAUCAAAGAUACAGAGAUCAAAAUGUGUAAAAAGAAUGCAGAAGAAACAGAAAGAGCUCAUAAAGAACUUAAAGUGAUGUUUGAUGAAGCUGAGUCCCAGGAGAACACUUUGAGACAGAAACUGGUUGAAGCAGAGGGUGACAUACAAAAAUACCGUAAAGAGGUUGCCAAGCUGCAAAAGGACAUGCGCACUUUAAGGAAAGAACAUAACCAGGAGCUAGAUCUGCUUAAGAAAGAACUCACUGAGGAAGCUGAACAAAGAAUUAAACAUGAGCAAGAAGACAUGGAACUGAAACAUAAUUCCACUUUGAAACAGCUGAUGAGGGAAUUCAACACUCAGAUGGCACAAAAAGAACGUGAGCUGGAAACUGCCAUUCAGGAGACCAUUGCUAAAGCUCAGGAAGUUGAGGCAGAAUUAAUGCAGACACAACAUAUAGAAGCAACACAGCUUCAUAAAAAGAUUGCGGAGAAAGAAGAGGACCUAAAGAGAACAGUUAAGAAGUAUGAGGAAAUUUUGGAGGCACGAGAGGAGGAAAUGACAGCGAAAGUCACUGAGUUACAGGAGCAGCUUGAGAAAUUGCAGGAUGAGUUAUCAAGAAAACAGGAAGAGAGUGAAGCUCAAGAUGGAGAGGAUCCAGUAUUUGAAUUUCAGGUACAAUUGGCUCAGAAAACGUCACAGCUGAAUGAAGCAAAGCUGAAGGAGCAAGAGCUAAAGGAGAAAGUUAACAUGAUGGAAGACCAGUUAAAAAGCUAUUCCCAGGGUGUGUUUGUUACUCCACUUGGUACACCUUACAAAGAUGUUAAUCAUAAAUACACUGAUGUUUCUGUCUUUGGUGAACCCACCGAAUUUGAAUACUUAAGAAAGGUGAUGUUUGAAUACAUGAUGGGACGUGAAACAAAGACAAUGGCAAAAGUAAUUACAACAGUGUUGCGGUUCCCACCUGACCAGGCUCAGAAAAUCUUAGAAAGAGAGGAUACCCGAACUGUGUUUACCCAACCGCGCAGUGGUAUCUUCUGAUUCGGUCUGAGCUUAGUUAGCAUGCGGACUUGGCUUCGAUCAUCGUCCUAAAGUCUUACCUACACUGACAUCCAUUUGGAAGAUGCUGCAUCAUCUAAUUUUUUUCUUCCAAGAGCUGAUAAGAUCGAUUGAAACCAAAUCUGUAUGCUUAGCAAUCAAGAACUUACCAUUAAUUGCCUUCUGUAGAGCAGAUGCCCCAUGGUGACUGUUUAACCACCAAAUGUUUUUUCCCUCUGCUGUAUCUUUUAGUAACACAUAAUGUAGUUAUUAUGCUAUGUUAAAAUCAAAGUUAAUUUAUUAAAAAUAAGGGUUUUUUUCUGCCUCUUGGCAAGUUCAUACUUUAAUGCUUCCUUUAAAAAUUGGCUGUUCCAUCGAGACUCGGGAAUGAGUAUACACUCACUUUUCAUAAAAAGGUGUUUCUGAGUAUUACUUCUUUAACAUUGUAUACAGAUGGAGGGAAUGUGACACACAAAUUUCCAGAGUGUGUGGGGUCAUCUUCAGAUACAGGCCAUAUUCUAUGUAAAAGCCGUGUAAUACUGACAUCACAGACACAGUGAGGAGAAUUUUGCAGUGAUGGAUUGCAGACUUGGAUCUCAGUAUGUGCUUCCUCAGCUGUGGCACUCCCAGGGAGUGCGGUUCAGUGGGAGGGACACCUACCAUCAUUUUAAUGGCAAUUCAUUUAAAUUUUCACGUCAAUUAGUUUUAUAAUAUUGGUAUGACCUGUUAAUAUACUCUGACUAGCAUUGCUCUGACUAAAGUACGUAAUUCCACUACAUUUUUGACUUUCUUUUGGGAAACAAUUGUGCAAUAUUUUAAUUUGGGUUUGUGUUGUACUUCAUUAUCGGUUUAAUUUUCUGGCAUAGUAUAAUUUCUUAUUGUUAGAUUUUGUUUGAUUUGGCCCAUUUCUUUAAAGGGACAGUAAUGGUAUGAAUUGAUCUAGAUAAGAAGUUGCUAUAUAUAAAUUAUAUGGGCUUGGGUAUUUUUUCAUUGCUUUAUUUUAUUGCAGAUCGUACUCCACUAACCUGUUUUCUUUUGUACAUUUUUCUGUUCAGAAUUUCAUCUUUUGUCGAUAGGUUUUAUCUUCCUGAUUUAUUCUGCCACUCUCCAUAACAUAUCACAGCAAUAAAAGUAAGAACAGUCAAGCCCCAUGACUCUUUUUAGUGUGAGCUUCUCUUUAUGUAUAAACUCAAGCUACAAGCCAUUGCUGACUCUUUUAAGCUUAUAUCCUUGAUGAAUAUCUAAAACUGGAGUACCUCAUGGUUUUUGCGUAGCUUUUGUACCAAUAUUUUAGAGGGAUUAAAUAUACUGCUGUAAAUUGUAAAUAGUUGCUGAAUGAAUGUAUCAUAACGGUGUUCUGUGAUGGUUUCAAUGUUAAUCCUAGAAAAAGGCCAACUGAAAUAAAAUUUUAUUUAGUAAAUAA